GAAUUCUUAGCCCGACUAGCACCGGCAGAACUUCAGCCGCAACAUUCGAAACCACCACGGCCAUGGGUCAACGGGUUGUCACAUCACUGGCGGUGGCGUUGGGACUCUUAGCCUUUGCCCUUCCGAUCACCGCUUACGAGCUCACCCUCGAAGACGAGCUGGAAACGGGCAUCAAGGAUUGGUCGUGCAAAUCGUACUGCAACAACUGCAACUGUACGGCCGCCUUUGUCCCGGAGGAGAACCUCUGCCUUUGCUACUGUCCCAAUCCAGCAGAAAAAUCACGCUGCUUCCAGUUCGUGCGUGAAACGAACAACAUUCUGGGCAUCGAGUAUGACCUGAAGGUGCUGGAUGCGGCCGCCACCCGUAUCGUGAUGCCAGUGCAGCGUACCAAGCGAGACACACCGAGGAAACGUCGGCUCGAAAGACGUAAGGAACGGAUACAAAAUCGACGCACUAACCGGAAUGCUCGUAAACGACGGGUAAGGGUUGAGAUAUGAUUUUGGACGUGUAGGAACA